GAGUUACUUUUGUAUAACGUGAUUUUCGAAUUUGAACAGCUGUGAAUAUACUUAAUUACGAAGAAAUGUCAAUUUAUAAAAGUUUUUAUUUUAAAUCUAAGAAAUAUAAUAAAUUGACUUCAAUUGUUGUAAGAAAAAUUAAAUUUUUAAGUCAUGUUACAAAUCGACCUUAAGAUAACCUCUUCACUAAUUUAUAUAAACAUCGGCACUUUAAAAUAUUAUUAUAAAUAAUGUAUUUAUUUUGUACAUAUUUUAAAUAUAAAAUAUCUACGUUUAUUAUAGUUUAUAAAAUAUCUGUAAUAAAGGCAAAAUGUUACUACUAAUUUAAAUAUCAAGUACUUUUACGAUAUGAUUUAAUUAAAUAUAAUCACCAUGAAUGAAAGAAGUAUUGAAGAUUCUUCAUAUCUAAGUUAUGAAAUAAAUGGCACUAGAUAUAUUUUACAAACUAUAUCAGAUCCAGCUAUAGAUAUAACAAAAACUGCAUCAAUUAAUCAAGAACAAAGUACAAUAAAUAUUAUAGAUGAAUCACAAGUAGCAAAAGAGGAUGAAUCAAUUUCUUUAAUUUGCUUAGAUGGUCAGGUUUACGCAUUUCAAAAUGGAGAAUUACAAGAAUUAGAUUUUAAUCAAAUAAUAGAUGAAAAUGAAUCUCAAAAUAAAACAGUGUUAUUGGCUAAAGAAGAUGUUAAUUGUGAAUCACAGUUUAUUACUAAUGAAGGAUUAGUAAUUGAAAAUAUUGAUGAACAUUCUCAAGAACAAUAUGAAAUUAUCGUGGGACAGAAUGAAAAGAAUUUGAUUAUGGAAAAACAUAAUGUAAAUGCUAAUGAUUUUGUAGAAGUUGUAACAGCAUUCAAAUGUAAAAUCUGUACUUAUACUACUCAAGACAAAACACAAUUAUUACAUCACUUUCAAAAAACACAUGUAAAUCCUAAAAUGGAUAUAGAAGUAAAAGAAGAAUCUAAAAAUAUUGAUGAAGUAAAAUUAUUAUAUAUGUGUGGAGAAUGUUCUAAUUGCUUUCCUUCUAUUGAAGAUUGUAAAGAGCAUAUGAUAAAUGAUCAUCAAUUAACAGACACAGGUGCCAAUAAAGGUGGUAAAGAAAAUAUAACAGAUGAUUCAAAAGAUUCUGGAUUAUUAGAGUGUAUAGGACAGAGUGUUGAAAAUAAUGAUAUAAAACGUCAAGUUAAGAUUCAAAAACCUUUAAAUUCUGAAUAUAUGCUCAAUAAAAAAAUGAUUGAAUUAAUGGAAAGAAAUAUAAAGUGUUCAUAUCGAGGAUGUCCAUAUAAAUUUUCUACAGAAGAAACAAUGCAACAACAUGCACUUUGUCAUACAGAAUCACAAAAUGGAACAGCAUUUAAAUGUACCGUUUGCCGUGAUAUGAAAUUUACCAAGUGGAGACAAUGCAGUUUACAUUUAUGGAAAAAACAUCAAAUUGAUAUAGGUUUAUUUACUUGUAAAAUAUGUAAAGCAUAUAAAAGUGCUACAAUGGUGAAACUUUUAACUCACAUGCGUGUCCAUAGUGAGACUCGUGAGUAUGAAUGUUCGGAAUGUGGUAAAUGUUUUAAACAAGCCAGUCAAUUGCGUAAUCAUAGAGUUAUGCAUUUGGAUCGUAAAACAUUGGAAGUAACUCGGUGGUACACAUCGAAAAAAUGUGAUAUGUGUGGAAAAACUUAUGCAAAUUCCAAAUGUUUAAAAAGUCAUAUUCAAGCAGUACAUUCAAAACUACGACCUUAUGUUUGUAAUGUUUGUGGGCAUUCUAGUGCUAGGAAAGCAAUGUUGCAAAUGCAUUUACGGCAACAUACUGGCGAUAAACCAUUUAGUUGUGAACUUUGUGAAUACAAAACUGGAGAUCACAAUACGUUGCGACGUCAUAUUAUGCAACAUACAGGUUUUAGACCUUAUAAAUGUCCUCAUUGUUCUUAUACUGCAAUACAAAGUAGUAGUUAUAAAAAUCAUUUAAAAUCUAGACAUCCUUUAUUGUCUGGUUUAUUUACAUGUGAUCUUUGUCCUUUUAAAACUGUUAAAAAUCAAAGUUAUAUACAACAUGUAAGAGAUCACGAAAAAGGAUUAAUCAAAGCAAAUAUGCAAAAGAAAGAUAGCGAAAAUGUUGAAGUUUUUCCUGGUAAUAUCGCUGCGGCACAAUUAAUUUAUAGUUGCUUAGGUGCCUUUUCAAAAGUGGGAGAUACUUUAGAAGCAAACUUAAUGUCUUCCUCAACAUCUGCAGAUGGUACAUCACAAACAAUUACAAUACAAAUACCAUCAAAACAUCUUGAAGGUUCACUGCCAACAAGAGAAAAUGAAACUAAAAAUAAUUCAACAAUUGAACAAGAAGAUGAAGAAACAAUGCAUUGUUUUUUAAAAAUUCCAAGGGAGGAAGAAGAAAGUAUAGAUACUGGUGGUAUAACUAUUCCUGCAGAACCUGAAGAAUCGGGUGCAACAACAAUUAAUGUUGAUACAUGAAAAUAUAGACUAUAUUAAGAAAAAUGUUUCUAUACAUUUAAAACAAACCAGAAAUUUAUACUUCAAAAAUAAUUGAAGAAAUGCUAGUCACGCGUUACUUAGAAGGUAUGAGAAUCAACUUGUUCUUUCUUAAAGAAAUGCUAGAAUUAAUGUAUUAAUUUUUUAAAUCAUAAUUGUGAUACUAUUUUUGGAAUUGUAUAUUAUAUCUGCAAAAACAAACUUAAUAAUUCGAAUGUUUUGUUUAAAAAAAUUAAAUUUUGUACAUUAUUUUAAAGAAACGGAAGCAUGUAUAUUUUCAAUCAAUUAAUCGCAAUUGAUGAUUCUAUGUUCAUAUUUGUUCAAAAAAAGCUUUAUUUUGCUCUAAAAUAAGUUUUUAUAG